AUGUCCGGCACCCUCCUCCCCCUCCGCGCCCGCCAUGCCCUCAUCACCGGCGCAUACGGCGGCAUCGGCGCCGCGAUCGCCGCCCGCUUCGCCGCCGAGGGCGCCCUUGUGACCCUGCUCGGCCGCAAGGAAGACAAGCUGCGCGAGCUCUGCUCCCAGCUCCCACCCUUCCGGGACACCCGACUCGCCCCCCUCACCGCCGCAUCCAAUACCAACACCCGUCCAUCUCUGGACGAGAAGCCCCCCGCGCACUCGUACGCCGUCAUGGAUGUAUCCGCCCAAGGCCGCGAUGAAGCCGUACUGGACGACAUCUGGAAACGGACGGGCCAGAUGGACGUCCUUGUCAACGCCGCGGGUAUUGCGCAAUUCCAGCUGUUACAGAAUACCUCACCCCAAGCCGCCAGCGAGCUCCUCGACACCAACCUCAUGGGAACCAUCUUCAUGUCGAGGUACAUGGCCCAGCGCAUGAAGCGCAGGCGCGCCGACAGGGAUUCAUGCAUUAUCAACGUUGCGAGCUUGCUCGCCGAAAAGGGCAGCCCCGGCACCAGCGUGUACGCAGCUUCGAAAGCUGGCAUUAUUGGUCUCACCCACGCUCUCUCCGUUGAGCUGGGGCCACUGCGAAUCAGGACCAACGCCAUAGUUCCCGGCUACAUAGAAACCAAUAUGCUUGCCUCAAUGUCGAGAGAACCCCUCGAAAAGCGAAUCCCACUUGGGCGGCUGGGUAGACCUGAUGAGGUAGCAGACGCCGCCGUCUUCCUGGCCCAAAACACCUACGCCAAUAACUGCGUCCUCAACCUGGAUGGUGGGCUAAGUGCAGUCUGA